CUCUGCUCUGGUCUCUUCUCUAUGCUUUUCUAUACUCUGUCCGCUAUAACCUCUUUAUGCUCUGCUCUCUUAUCUCUGCUCUCCUCUACUAUAUCCGCUAUCUUCUCUCUCUGCUCUGCUAUGCUCUUUCCUCUUUGAUAUCAAUAUGUUUUGUUUUUUAUUCUUUUUUAAUAAACUUUAUAUUUCAGCAGAUAUUUAUCUGUUUUGUUCUCAACGAAGGAAAUGACGACAAGGAAUGGAAUCAUUCAAAUCAACUCCAUCGAUAAAAAAACUUGGAAUAAAAGGGUCGUCGUUAGAAUAUUGCGGCUUUGGGUUCAAAAGGAUUUAACAGGCCGAGAAGGCUUGGAGAUGAUUUUAAUCGAUGAAUGGGGCAAUCAAAUUCAAGCAUCUGUCUCUUUUGGAAAUAAAAGGAAGUUUAUGCCUCUUUUGAGAGAGGGAGAUAUAAAUAUGAUCCAAAAUUUCCAAGUAAUGGACAACAAACCCAAUUUUCAGAUGGCCAAGGUCGACCACUUGUAUAUGCUUGGCUUUGGCCUUGCCACCCAAAUUGAGCAACCAGAUGAAGCUUCGAAAUUCUGGAAAAUGGAUUUAAUUUUAUUCCCUUUACAGAUAUUCCUACACACGAUCCCACUUUCUUUUUGGAUGUUCUUGGGGAGGUUAUGACCCACACUAUUAACAUAGAUUGGGUCGAAAUGAGAACUGGCAAGGCAUCCAAGUGUGACAUAACAUUAGCCGAUGCAGAGUAUGAUUGUCUUUAUUAAUUUAUAUUUACUAUCUCUGUUAUAAACUUGUCUUUAA